AUGUUCAAACUCGAGGACUUGAUUGUCGCAUGUUCAACAGUAAUCGCGCCGCCACAGCAAGUUGGGGCUGAGAAAAGAAAAGAUGCCGAGGAAUACUUGCUCGAGUUUCGGCGAAAGGCAUCUAUUCAGGACUGCGGAGAUAUUCUUCGGAAUUGCCAGGAUCCGGGAGUUCAAUUUCAGGCUUCUGUAUCUUUGAAAAGUGCCUUCGCUCGUGAGUCUGUUGAGUUAACAUCUGAUGCUUUGAUUCAACUGGCUCUCGAUCUUCUCCAGCUGAUUGAGAAAAAUGAGUGUACGGCACAAGUUCGAGAGCAGCUGGUGAUGAUCGUCGCCAUCGCUGUUAAAAGAAACAGUGGCCAAAAUAACGACGCAAAGGGUCUUCAAAUCGUCCAACAAAAAGUUCAAGAAUUCGCGAGUUCAAGUCAGCCCCAUGGUCAAGUUCUGGCAGCAAGUCUCAUUUGCGCCGUGGUUCAGGAAUACUCUGGGACAGGAAAAAGCUCCUUCAUUGGAUUGUCGAUAGAAGGCCAUCAGAAAGCAAAGAAGUACUAUGAGAGCAACUGCUUGGAAGAUAAUUUUAGCUUGGUAAUGAACUUCUUGCGUCAUUUGAUUGCCAAUCCCGAGGCGAUACAGAAUUACUUGAUGGUCAAGAAGUUCUUGGAAAUCGGACAUUUAAUACUAUCUUGGAGAUUCACGCAUGGAAAAGCGUCGCGUAUAUCUCUGAUUAGAGAGGAUAAGACCGUCGAUGUCAUGUUCAACCCGCCCGAAAGUUGGAAAGAAUUUGUAACUUCUGCAGAGUUUUUAAAAGUUUGGUUCUCAACUCAUGGUCUCGUUCGGCGAAGCCCUGAGCUUGGGAGUAUUUCGUCCAGCUGUAUUCAACAGAUUUGCUCCUUGAAAGGAUCCUGCCUUCAUGAUCACCAGGUCGAAGCUGAAUGGGCUGCAAAUAUUAUCAAGCUUUUCCAGGGCAGUCUUCCUAAUUGGAUGCCAGCGCAGGAGCAUGAGUCGACGGGACUGUCUUACGCAUUCAAACAUUUUAUCGAAAAUCGAAGUGUCCACAUUUGGAGCAUGAUUGAGAGAUAUUUCCCGCCAGUACUUUCCUGUCUCGCACAAUGGACAUGUUCUAUGAUUGAGAAUGCAAAGAAAUCUGAAGAAUAUCAACAAGGGCUUGAUUUUUCAACCGACGCUUGGAUUUAUGUCAUGACUAAUUUCGCAACAACAGAAGCUUUAGCAAAUAUCGUUUCUCCAAACUCGCUGCAGGUUUGGAGAGCUUGGGUUUGGUCGAAGCUCUCACCACCGGAUGGCGAGCGCAUCGACCACGAUGACGAUGAUGACGAGAUCGACGAGUUAGAAGAGGAUGAUGCGAUUGUUUUCGAUACACAGCUCGCGGCAAUUGGAAACAUGGCGAGAUUGUCUAUUGGUGACACAAUGACACAUCUUGGAUUGCUUUUGAACAGGAGACUAGAUGAAAUAACGAAUACUUUGAAAGAAAGAGGGACAAUAAGAACUGCGCUUUGGGAGGACAUCCAUUGGAUAAUGCUGUCGAUAGGACAUAUGCUUGCCGACGAGACGGAUUCCGGAGAGAUGAAAUAUAUACCACAGGAAAUUAUGAGUGCGAGUUUGAAGCAAAAUGCUGCGAUGGCGGAUAAUAUCGGGAACUCGCAAGAUAUUACUGCUCAACUGAUUGGUGUAGUUUUUAAACUAAUGCAAGUAGAAAAGGCUGCGAUGGAAGCAAACUUCCAAGGGCUCUGGUCACCUCAAGCAAGUGAAGACCUCAGAUGGCUUCUGCAACGAAUUGCGGAAGCAUAUCUCUGGUUUGAGGAAGAUCAUUUCUCGACGGUGUCGCCUGCACUUCAGUCAGUUUUCGGAAGAGACACUGAGUCUGCCAUGAGCUUGCUUAAUGAGAUUGUUGAGUUUUCGCUCUUGACUUUCUCUGCGUGGUCUGGAGAAGAGAAGAUCUUGAUCGGUAGUGCGGAGACGCUCAUGUCACUACUGAAGAAGUCAGGGAAGAAGGCCAAGCUUGUAGGCGAAAAUGUCAAAUUGUGGUCGAUAGCUGAAGUGUUCUGCCGAGACUCCGAAUGUGGUUAUUCAAGAACACCAGUUGUAUUUCAGAGAUAUCUUAUGAAGGUUAUUCUCACUGCUGGCUCCUCUGGUGGCUUGCCGACCCUUCAAAAACUGGGUGAAACAAUUAAACCGCUUCAAGACAGAUUCGCCAGAUUGGCGACUGCAUCUUUUGCCAAUCAAGUAGUCAGAAACGAGCUUGUCACAAUUCUGGAAAGAUUGACAGGUUGUGUCGAAGGUGUCACCCCAGAUAAUGCUGAGUCCGUCGCCGAGUUUGUGCUUCCUUUUAUCAAAGAAAUGCCAGCAAUCGUACAAACUGUAAGAGGCAGCUCUGAUAUCUCAAUUCAAAUCUUUACUUUGUGUGCUGCCCUUGCUAGCAAAUUACUUGCAUAUCUCGAAGAAAAACGAACGCAGCCAUUUUUGCUCGUCUUCCUAGAAAUUUUACGAACUCACAGUAGAUGGAAUCAGGGUCGAAACCUUAAAGAUAUGGACGACGAAACAGUUGAAGAGUUCACUCAAAUUAUUAGCCUGAUCACAAAAGUUCUCGAUGUCGAAGUCUACGAUUUCACCUCACCAGCCAAAGAAAACAAAACUGGUGGAGGGGAGAACUUUGUCUCGCCUGCUGAGGUUUCCCUCGCUGGUCUGACAAUUGUCCUUCCUCUGAUGGGCACCGAGGGCUUUAACUACCCUUCACUAGCAAUCGCGUACUUUGACUUGCUCAAUUCACUGUGUGAACUUUACCCCGAAAAACUAGCCAAGCUUCCUGAAAAUCUGUUCACGUCAUUAAUGCAAUCGCUUCAAUUGGGACUCACUCACUUUGGCACCGAUGCGAUGAAGAUUGCACUUGAGAGCAUCGAAGCCCUCAGUAAUUAUUUUUUGAAAGCAAAAUCGGUCGGUAGUCAUCCAGCUAAUCUUGGAGCUUCACUCAUUAGCCUUAUGCCUUUUGUUUUUGACUCGCUGCUCAAAUAUGCGAGUGACUAUGAUAUGCUGCCAGCUUGCCUUGCUUCCUUUCUUCAUUUGGCAACCUCGUUUCCAGAAAAGUUCAGAAUACUUAUCCAGGAGAAAAGUGGGCAAUGCACGGACAAUCAGAAGCACCGAAUUCAAGAUGCAUUCAAACCGUUGAUGGAAAUCAUCAACGAGAACCAAUCGAACCCACGCAAUAUGCUCAUGAGGCGUCACUUUCACUCCACAAAGCUUCUUGAAACUGCCGUUUUUGAAAUCCGCGGAUUAUUAUGUAUGAAAUAA